CUGACGCUAGGAGCUGUCCGUGGUGCUGAAGCCUCGGCUGCCUUUUCUUUAAAUGUGCUCACACAGCCACGAAUCGGCUCACCGAGCGUCCGAAUUAAAAAGGGUCCUCAGCGUUUCACUUGGUUAUUCUCAUCCGCCUUCACUCGGAGAAUUCUAAAGGAAGUAACAUCAACCCGUACGGCGUUGUUUGUAUUUUUGCAGGCGUUAAAAAAUUCCCGCUUUGCUUGUUAUUUUUUAAGCCCUGGAAGUCUUCUUUUUCAACACAAGGACGUGUUGUGUAGCUACGCGAACAGCGACCUUGACUUUACUAGACAUGUGUGUGAGACGAGACUGUCAAUUUAAGACCCUCUUUGCGGUUUUGGUUCUUGCUGCUGCCGUGGCCAAAACGCAUGGGCAAGGUCCAAAGGAAAGCAAUGGCAUCAGUAAGAAGACAGUGGAUCCAGACAGGAAUCUCUUCACCCAGUCAUCAACACAGGACACAGAGAGUGAAGUCCACUUAGUCACCACAGUCUCACCCAUGAACAUGCCCAACCACCGACCAGUCCCUAAGGGCCUGCUGCUUCAUGAGCACCUGCUUAUAAGGGACUUUGAGGGGGACCAACAUUUUUUUAGGAAGGAUGGCUCUGUGGCUGCAUAUCCCAUCAUGCCAGACUCUGCAUCUGCCUCAAAUGCAGGAGACCCUGUCACUCAAAUGGUACCACAUAAAGAUGCCCCAGCCUUCUCAGACAUUGCCUCUACUGCUACCGCUGCUGCCACCUCCCCACUGACCACAUUCUCUCCCACAACACCAAAGCCACCAAUGUCUCUCCUUCUAAGGAAGUCCUCUAAGGAGAAGACAGACAAGGUAGACCCAACAACAGACUCCCUCACCACUCACACAAUGCCAAACAAUAGAGAUUCAAGCAGUGACCACAACCCAGUGGCUUCUUCAUCCUUGCAGAGAAGUCAGGCUCAAAGUUGGAGGGCUUUUCCCGUAGAGGACUCCCUUGCACCCUCCUCAAUGAGGAUGGAGAAAGGGGAAGCUAAGGAAACACCACUGAAAUACAAAUCCAGCCUUGAUCAUCCUCUCCCCAACCUAACUGAUGUGCCCCAAGGAGAGGGUACCACCAUAACGUCCACAAGUGUUAUCACAACUACCACCAUCAUGCAGUCAUCAGAGCCAUGCGGUCUGAAUUUCACUGACCCUGAGGGUAACAUCGAAAUCCUGCAGCAACCUGACUCUGGAGUGGAGUGUAACUACUUGGUUACUGUCUACCUGGGAUACGGCAUUGAGAUUCAGGUGCUAAAUGUGAGUGUGCUGGAGGGAGAACAGGUGACAGUGGAGGAUACAGGUGGCAGAGAACCCUUCAUCCUUGCCAAUGAGUCGGUCUUGAUAAGGGGCCUCGUUCUACGCAGCUGGAGCAACCAGAUCUCCCUCCGAUUUCGUAGUGACCAACAACACAACUCUGGAUUUCUCCUGCUGCAUUACAAAGCCUUUGUGCUGAGCUGUACAUUCCCCAAAGAGCCUGCUGGUGGAGAGGUUUCUGUGACGCACCUUCAUGCUGGGGGAGAAGCUUACUUCAGUUGUUUCACUGGCUACAAGUUGCAAGGCCCAAAUAUGCUCACCUGUCGUAAUGCCACCACACCUUACUGGAGUGGAAAGGAGCCCAGAUGUGUAGCAUCCUGUGGGGGGAUGAUAAAAAAUGCCACCUCCGGUCGAAUUGUCUCUCCUGGUUUCCCUGGCAACUACAGCAACAAUCUGACAUGCCACUGGGUCCUGGAGGCCCCUGAAGGCCACCAGAUUCAUAUUCACUUUGAGAAGGUGGCUUUGGCAGAGGACGAUGACAGGCUGCUGAUUAAGAAUGGGAACAAUAUAGACUCUCCCCCAGUGUAUGACUCCUAUGAGGUAGAGUAUUUGCCCAAUGAGGGUGUGCUCAGUACUGGACGUUACCUGUUUAUAGAGUUCACCACAGAUGGGACAAUGACUUCCACCGGUGCAGCCAUCAGAUAUGAAGCUUUUGCAAAAGGAAUGUGCUACGAGCCCUUUGUGAAGUACGGCAACUUCAGCAGCAGCGAUUCUACCUACAGUGUGGGUGCAGUAGUUGAAUUCUCAUGUGACCCUGGCUAUACGCUAGAGCAAGGCUCCGUAGUGAUUGAAUGCGUGGACACACAAAACCCACAGUGGAAUGAGACCGAGCCAGCCUGUAGGGCUGUGUGCAGCGGGGAGAUCACAGACUCUGCUGGGGUGGUGUUGUCUCCUAACUGGCCUGAGGCCUAUGACAAGGGCCAGGACUGCAUCUGGGGUGUUCAUGUGGAAGAGGACAAAAGGAUCAUGCUUGACAUCCAAGUUCUCCACUUGGGUAAGAAUGACCUGCUGACCUUCUAUGAUGGCGAUGACCUCACAGCCAACAUCCUGGGUCAAUACAGCGGCGCACGGCCGCACUUCAAGCUCUACACAUCCAUGGCUGAUGUCACUAUUCAGUUUCAGUCAGAUCCUGCCACCAACAUUUAUGGCUACAACAACGGUUUUGUAGUCCAUUUCUUUGAGGUUCCGAGGAAUGACACCUGUUCCGAGCUGCCGGAGAUCGCAAAUGGUUGGAAGAGCACUUCCCAUCCUGACCUAAUCCACGGUACCGUCAUCACCUACCAGUGCUACCCUGGCUAUGAGCUGGUAGGCUCUGAGAUCCUCAUGUGCCAGUGGGAUCUCACUUGGAGUGGUGAUGUGCCAAGAUGUGAGGAAGUUAUGACAUGUCAGGACCCUGGAAAUGUGCCACACAGUCGUAAAGUGAUCACAGGAAGCCGCUUCACCAUUGGAUCGACGGUGCAGUUUAUCUGUAAUAAAGGUUACAUCCUGUCUGGAAGCAGCCUCCUCACCUGCUACAGUCGAGAUACUGGCACGCCCAAGUGGAGUGAAAGACUGCCCAAGUGUACCCCUGAGAAGUACGAGCCAUGCAGGAACCCUGGCGCUGCCUCUAUUGGUGUGCAGAGUUCUGAAAAAGCCUUUUACCAAGCAGGAGAGACGCUCACCUUCUCCUGCCACUCAGGCUACGAGCUGCGGGGUGAGGCUACCAUUUAUUGUAUCCCUGGACACCCAUCACAGUGGAAUAGCACUCCCCCUGCCUGCAAAGCAUCGUCAGCGCAAUAUAUGAAUGAACGCAGGCUAGAUGUUGUUAACUGGGAUUAUGGAACGGAGGGAACCAGUAUUGCCCUUGCAGUUUUCAUUCCAACAGCAAUAAUCUUGGUGGUUGUCCUUGGGAUCUAUGUAUACUUUGCAAAAUUGCAAGGAAAGUCUAUCAGAAUGCCAACAUCCUCUCCUCCCUAUGACAACAUGACAGAAGAGUCAGCUUUUGACAACCCAAUGUAUGAGAGCGGACACUGGCAGGCUCAUUCUAGAUUCUAAACCCUGGCACUCUGUCCACUUUGGCUGUAAUGCAGAACAACUAUGAGGACAAAUGAAAAAGAUUAAGAACUGCUCAA